AUGUUAAAUGAAACCAAAUCAUGGUCUACUUUAAGAUUACAGUUAAUAUCAUUAGAGUCACAGACAGAAUCUCUAUUAUUAGAACUUGUAACAUCAUCGGAAACACUUGAAGAACAUGCUCAAGAUCUUUUUAAUAAGAGAAAUGUAAUUAUUAAUUCUUUAUCAAGUUUAUUAGAUCCAGAUUAUGGAGGAGAUACGAUUAAACGAUACCAUGUAGAAAGACAUAUAGAAAUAUUAGAAAAACAUAAGGAAGAAUAUGAAAAAAUGAAUGUCAGUCUUGAAAUUGAUUAUUAUUUUUUUCAUAGUUUUAGAAAAAGAGAAAAUCAAAUUAUAAAGAAACUAAUUAUUUUAAAAAUAAUACUAAAAAACAAUGAAUCGGAUUAUUUUCUUGAGGAAUCAAAUAGAAUUGAUAAUUCGCAUAAUAUGACAGAUGAAAUUCUUUUACAAGCGUAUACUACUCGAGAUGAUUUUUAUCACCAAAAAGAUAUGCUUCAUGAUAUGAAUCAAAGAAUGUUAAGAGCAACAAAUUUUAUUUCUGGAAUUAAAUAUUUUAUUUCUAAAAUAAAUACUAAAAGGAAAAAAAAUAAUUUGAUUUUGUCGUUUGUUAUUUCGGCAUGCAUUAUUAUGACAUAUUUUAUGAUAUGA